CGUGCCGAGGCAGCUGGGGCAUGGAGCAGGAGAACGGGUCGGGGUCGGCAGGAGGUUCGGAGGAGAGCGGCCCGGGGUCGGAAUACUCACCUGAAUCAGAGAAGUUGGUACAGAUUUCCAUGUCGCUGGUUGCUGAGAGAAAUCUGCGUGCUAAGGAGCAUAGAAUGGAAGAUAUGAAAGAAGCUCUGGCAAAGCUAAUGACUAUUCGAUUAGACCGAGAGAAUAUCAGCACCCUAGGAAAUUUUGAGUGCGUGGAAAAUGUCUGCAGUCUUUACCUUCAGCAGAAUCAAAUUAAGAAGAUAGAAAAUUUAGAAUUGUUUCACAAUUUAAGGUUUUUGACACUGGCUGGCAACAGAAUCCAGAAAGUGGAAAACCUAAAAUGCUUACAGAAAUUGGGAUUCUUAGACCUCUCAGAUAAUCAGAUUGAACAACUGGAUCCAGGUGAAUUUCCUGAACGUCUCAUCAUUCUGAAUAUGUCAGGCAAUGACUGCACAAAACAGGAAGAAUAUAGGGAGCAGGUGAUACAGACUCUUCCUGUCCUGCAGCAACUUGAUGGUAUCCUUGUCCAAAGAAAGAAAGAUCCAAAUGAAGCUGGAGACAUUCAUGAUUCAGAUGGUUCUGAAAAUGAGGAGGAUUCUGAUGAACUGGAUGACUCUGAGGUUGAGACGAAUGAUUCAUUACCUAACAUCUUCACUUCACCAGAAAAAAUAAAAGAUUUCUUUGCUGAGCUUCAUAAAGAAAUGGUCUGUCGAUCUCAACAGCGAAGGAAGGAAGCUGAAAAGGAACACAAGAACAGGCUGAAUGAACUGCAGGAGAUCCGUAAACAGUUAACUCAAAUGCGAUACAAACCAAUAAAAAUGAACAAGCUUUUUAGUUAUCCAAGGAACGAUCCAAAUUCUCAUUUGUGAGAAGAUGGACAAAAUGAAGAACUGCUGCUCAAGCUGAUACCUUAGAUUAACAAUUCAGGGCAGUUGUUAUAGGGCUAAGUGAGGAAUUAGUUCAAAUAGUUUAACUACUUCAACUGCAAAGAUUCCUUUUUAUCGAGUCAACCAUAAGUCAAAAGAGCAUUGACCCGAUAAUACUUAAAAGACUAGUCGAGAACAAGAAGCAGAACAAUUUUCUUAUUUUAGGGGUAGGAAAUUUAAUUUGGAUAAAAUUAAAACUAAAAAUUGAGCAUUCUCUCCCUUCUGUUAUUAUUUUUGCCUCAAUUGCUAAAUCCUCUGCAUAGUGUAUUCAUUCUAUAGAUAGAGUGAAGAAUUUAUGACGAUUGGUGGUCCAGGGUGUAAAUAUUCCAGGUGGUUUUUAUAUUAAGCCAUAUAAAUUGGCUUUUUCUUGGUUUCAUCUCAAAUCUGUGUUAGUCUUGGGGUGUGCAUAUGCUGGCAUAGUUUAUUCAUGCUCUUCAUGAGCUUCUCUGUAUUUCAGUCCAUCUGACUCAAGCAUCUAACUUUCCUUUUCUCCUUCAUGUUUAUUUAGCUUUUCCUUCAAUAUCUCGGCUUCUUCCAAUGGUAGAAACUCAUAGUCUGCUUGGGAGCCUAUCCUCAUAUUUUGUCUUCUUGCUUUGCACCAAAGUAAAGAAUAAAUCUGAGGGUUUUUGAUAACCACCAAGUGGACAUUUCACCCAAACUUCAAGAGUUUAUGAAAUCCCUCAGUGUGCUCUGCCUCACUGAAGAUAGUUGGGCCCUGAAGGAUUCCAGCAAUGAUGUUCUAGGCUUGGUACAAUCAGUUUCCAAAACCAUCUUCUUUUGGACAGGGUAUUAACUUCUUUAGAUGCCCCUUGACUAUUUUUACCAAAGCACCUUAAUAGAACACUUAGUCAACUGUCUUAAUGUCGAGGGCACUCACUGUCACCUCAUCACUGCAAUUUAACUUUUUGGUAAAAGUAUGGAUCAUGACUUCAUUGAUGUCUGCAGUCAAGUGCUCCUGGCACAAUGGGGCAUAGGUAAGCAGGUCAUUAAUGAGUAAGUGCAGGGCCAUAGCACUGUUGCAAUACCAUCUGUUGCUUUGCUGCUGACUUAACUGGACAGUGACCAGCUAUAUUAGGUUUGCCCUACUUUUUGUGAGGAGGGUAUACCAGAGAAACUUUCUAUAAUGUCAGGUAAAUGUCAGUAUUUUAACAGUUACUACAUCUGUUAAAGAGCAAGCUGACUGAAAGAGAGUUUUUCAUUUUUACUCCAGCAUCUGCUUUAAUUAGUCUGCUUUUAUAGAAGCAAGGCAACAACCUUGAAUUCAUAUAUGUGCACUCUAGGGCAAUGGUACAUUUAUUGGCUUCCUUGAGUUGCUGCUGCAUUUGGGAUGACUUGCCCAUUCAAGGUAUCAUUUCAUAUUUUCAACCGAGAGACAGAAGGUUCGCACAAAGUACAUUUCGUAGCUGUCGUUGUCUGGAAUGUACAUGUGCAUUGAGCAAAGAUUGCUGCAUAGCUUUCAAGAAAAUUGACUACACUUGAUUUUUCCAUUACCUGAGCCAGAGCCAGAGCCUUGAGCCGACUGAGGUCAGUAUUGUUGCACUGGUGUGAUCUCAGAACUGAUCAAAGUUCAAAUCUGGUAUCUUGUUGGUCGGCUUGAGUCAUUACCAAAUAUUGGAAUGGUAGUUCAUUAAAAAUACUUAUUUUAUUGCAGAAACAAACUGUUUUCAGUCAUUCUAUGUAUAUAGAACCAUUCUUUGUGAUAACUAAGUGAAAUUCUGCUGUCAGCGGUCUAUUCUAUAACAUAAUCAGUUAUUCUCAAAGAUGCCUAUUUACUUCCAUCCCAAUCUCAAACUUCGCAAGCCCUUGCUCUUCUUCCUAUCCCAUGAUAUUAUUUAGACUCUUGCUUCCCAGCUCCUGGCCCUGAAUCAGAACGUUGUACUUAAUUUUCCACUGCAGCAAAUUGCACAUAACGGCACCCCAGUGCCAGUUUUUUACACGAAUCAUCAAACUAAGAUCUGAUCUACCUUCUCGUCUGAACAUGCAAAAUUCAACGGCAUAAUAUCAAAACAGAAGUCUUGGAUAUUUGGACAGGAAAGCAGAACUGAGAUAAGAGAUCAACCAUAAUCAUGAUGAACGAUACAAGGAGCUGAGCAGCCCAUUCCCUCAACUUCUGUGAAUAGCAGAGGAGCUAUCUGCCCUAUUCAUGCCAAUAAAUUGUGAAGGUUUUGAACUGAAAAUUUAAGUCCGUUUCUCUUUCUACCAAUACUGAGUGUUUCCAGUAUUUUUCUAUUUUUAUUUCAUAUUUCCAGCAUUUGCAGUUUUUUUAAAAUUUUCACCU